AUGAUGCUCAAAUCGAGGCAGAAUUCGGUCUUUUAUUCUGGAGUUGCUCCCUCGAUAGGUGGAGGUCGGAGGUACAGCCAAGUGGACAACUUCGCUGCCAACCAGAAUUUUGCAAGCAAUAUUGGUGCUGGACCGUCUACUCCAGCCAAUGCGCUCAUGCCAGUUCAAUCCAUAGCGACGUUAGGAUUGUUGAGAACGGCCUCUACCGACUCGUUAUUCAUCGAUGAAGUCUUGAAUAAGAAAUAUGGCAGUGGAACGAACAAUAAUAAUGUGGUGGAAUCGAAACCGAAUGAGCAAGCACAAUAUCGAUCCACCAGUCUCAGUAGUGCUGGACCACUCGAGACAUACCAGAGGUUCAAACUGCGGAAAAAGCGCCGUGACGAAGAUGCCAAGAUCCUCGAUAAGCUACAAAACUUGGAAGCGAUGCUUGCUUCGAUGACGUCUACAGAACCCAAGCCGAGCGCAGCCGACGAAGAGUACCAGCUAGCCGAUGCCAAUGGAAUGUACGAUAUAGCCGAGACGCUGAUGGACCUGCUUGAGUCACUGGAUGAUACGCUCAGCGACGGCGACAGCACGUUUUAG